UUCACCAAUUAUCUGAAAGUUCUGAAACGUGUAAAAAUCAAAUUUGUGAAUUUGUUUUUUUUUGCUCAUAAGCUGCGUUGCCUGUGCACUAUUUUUCAAAAAUGUACUUGUUUUACCUAUUUUGACCAUAAACUAUUGAAAAUCAGUGCUGCCAUCUCCAAGUUUAGACCACUAAACAUGUUUAGGCCCGUAUCGUCAGUCGUAGGGCGCCUUUAUGGCCUCCUUGAUUAUCGUAGUUUUCUACUUCUCCGUGUCAGCGCUCUAUUUUGAGGUCAUGUCACAAACAUCUACAUAUUUGCAUCAAAUUGUACUUGCUUUUGAGUUAUAUCAUGUUUUAUCAGCCUGAAAUUUCUUACAAUUUAAAAAGAAAAGAUAUCUUUACAAUAGUAUGACAAUCAAGGAGGCCAUAAACGCGCCCUACAAUUGUAGGGACGACUGACGAUACGGGCCUUACACUAGAAGAAUGUGAACGCAAAAGAUGUUAACCGACAGACCGAAAUUAGAGACAUGGAUAUCAUGUGAGCAUGAUAAUAUUACAAAACAUCAAAACCAGUUGUCCGAAACUGAAAUUUUUGCGAUCACAUUGCUUUUUCGUGUAUGCGUAAGCGUUUGAAAUAAGGGAAGAUGAAUCUCGAACAUCCCAAGUAGAGUUAGCCAAUUAUUAUCGUUAAUAUUAUAUGAAUUGUGAUAGUCUUGAACAUUUAGAAUUUCCGUUAAAGUUGCCAUGUUGAAAAUCUUCGAAACUAUAAUCUUACAAUCCUUGCGUCAUUGGUAGAAGAUCCGGGAUAUUGUCUUUAAAGUCAAAACCAUUUCCAGCGACGAAAAAUAGUGAGAGCGAAUUAUUGCAUUCGAAUAUUCUACCAGUACACUGACGUCCAUCUCUACACCGAACGGCGCAUGGUGGCGCUGCUGUGGCGGCUUUACGACGACUAACCUCACUUUUCUGACAUUCGUACAUUCGAUUUGUUGACGUCGUGAAUUAGCAACUUUCGUGUGUAUUUCUGGAAAGUACUGAAGGAAUAUGCCCCCGCACGGACACGGAAAGUGCUGUGGGGAUGCUCAUGCAGCUCAUGCUCACGAUGAAGGGGAACAAGGAGUUCUGUACAGUCUUUACUCUAAAAUUAACAAGGAAGAUCUGGAGUGUUUGAAUGAAACCACAGAAGGUUCUGGAAAGUUGGUGUUCAAACCUUGGGAGGAACGGCUGAAUUUUGAUACGUAUGUAGAAUCUGAUGCGGAUGAAGAACUAUUGUUUAACAUUCCAUUUACUGGCAAUGUGAAGUUGAAAGGUAUUAAAGUAAUUGGUGGAGAUGAUGAUAGCGCCCCUUCAAGAAUGAGACUGUUCAAAAAUAGACCUGGAAUGACUUUUGAUGAAGCAGCUUCAGACGCUGACCAGGAGUUUGAUCUCGUGAAAGAUAGUACUGGUGCAGCAGAGUAUGCCACAAAAAUUGUUAUAUUUCAAAACGUUCAUCACCUAACCAUUCACUUCCCAAAGAACUUCGGCACGGAAAAAACGAAAAUCUAUUAUAUUGGCUUGAAAGGUGAAUGGUCAGAGGCUCACCAUCAUGGUGUCACAAUAUGCACGUAUGAGGCUAGACCAAUGCCAGAGGAUCAUGCACAUAAGAGCCAUUUAGACGACAUCAAUUCUCCACCACCAGUUGGAUCCUAAACACUUGUUUGAUAUAUUUUUUACAAAUGAGGCGUUUAUAUACAAAACAUUGAAAUCAGUAUAUGACUGAUUUGUAUUCCCUACACAAUGAAAACAAAUUCUUGAAUUCCUUGGUCAAGUUUUUGCUUGGUAUAUAUACGUAUAUUUGGUAUUUUGAAGGAAAGUGGGCUAGGAGUAAAUGCCUAGCAGAUCUGCAAUAUUUUGCUUAAAUCUGAUUAUCUCGAUGUGUUGUUUAUAAAUGCUUCAGAUGUACUUUGGUUUCUUUCAGUUUCAAGUUAAUGCAGCAUCAUUUGACAUGGGUCCACUGUUUCUGAAUAAAUGAUAUGGUUGCAUUGUCAUUGUAUGUUUUAAAAAUAUUAUCUUUCAGCAGCAUGUUCUCAAUCUUAAACUUUCAUUUUUUAUAACUAUUGGCUCACCAAAAGAGUUACUUAUGUUUAGAAGUAUAAUUUAUUUAUUGAAGAAUUCCUGGCACUAUAUUAUGCUCAUAUUAACUUGCACAUAAAUAAUCUUCAUUAGCUUCUAGUAAUUAUAACUCAAGGCUUUUUGAAAUAAACAUUUAUUGAUCAAAUAUUCUUUUGUUAGAUAUUAAUCAAAAAUAAAAUCAAUUUAUGUUAGUCUGCAUUUUUGCAUUUAGUGAACCCCAGUUGCUGGAAAACUAAAGCUAUCUGACAAACAAAUGAGAUAUUUGAUGUUGUUAUUCAAGAGUGGUGUGAAAUGCCUUGACUAAUGUUUUUUAUUUUGAUCCAAUGUUGCUUGAGUCUAUUUAUUUCCAUUCAAUCCCAGUGAUGUAUCUCAUUAGCAUAGUACAGUUUUUUUUUGUACUAAAAAUAUUUCUGUUCCACAUUAUAAAUGUCCGACAACAUUUGUUUUUCAUUGACCUAUUUUUACUUGUCUGUGUUCCGUCAAGUAGCCGGUCUGAUACCAUGUUUUCCAUCAGUUUUCUCCUUAUGAUAGACCAUUUUUCCCAUCAGUUUCCUCUAUAUGAUAGACGUGUUGAAAUAUA